AUGAACAUUAAGGAAGAAAAAAUAAAAGUAAUUCUCUAAUUUUUAAGAUAAUAUAAAUAUGAUCAAACUUUUUAGAAACUCUAAGAAUAAUCAUAAAUUCAACUUGAUCCUUACAGUUUAGAAUUAAUAACUCAAUCUAUAAAAAAUUAUGACAUAAAAUAAUUAGAAUAGAUUCUGAAUCAAUAUGUAGAUGAAAACACAAAAUAAUAAUGCAUUUUGAAAGUAUUAGAAUAACAAUAUAUUAAAUUACUUAAAUUGCACAAUGUUUAAGAAGCAGUCUAAUUAUUGAGAAAUCAAAUGACAAAAUUUUGUUAAGAUGAAGAUUAAAAGUAUCAAUAUGCUUCCAUGAUUUAUCUGCCAGAACUUAAAGUGAAAUAAGAACAAGAAUUGAUAGAUGAAGUAAUGUAGUUGUGCUAUAAAUAAAUUGGAUUAAUUGAACCCAAUAGAUUGGUGACCAUAAUACAACAAUAAUAAGCCAAACAAAUUUUGGAUUGCCAUUUCCAUAAUAAAUUAGAACAAGAUUACAAAAUCAUCUAAAAGCACUCCUGCAAUUUUCAACUCAACAUCAUCAAACAAAAGAAAAAUAUUAGUUUUUGCCUCUUUUCAUCUAAUGGUCAAUAUAAAGCAUUAGUGCAUGGUCUCUCAAUUUAUUUAUAUUAAUUUGAUAACUAAAUCAAAGAAUAUUAGAAAAAGCCAAGAAAAAUACCAACGGGCCAAACUAGUGUCAUUACAUCAAUAGUAUUCUCACCUUGCAACAAAUACUUAGGAACAUCCUCUGAAGAUUUUACAGUUUUUGUGUAUAAUAUCUAAACAGAAAAAAAAUAUAAACUUGAAGGACACAAUGCCGUAGUUCAAGCGUUCAACUUUGUUUUAUGUGAUUAACAGAAGAAAAAGUAGAAAAAUGAAUAUGACAUCUAUACUAUAUCAAAAGAUGGAUGGCUUUAUGAAUGGAAUGAAAGUGAGAGGAAGGGAGGAUUAAAAAUUGAAGAAAAACUGCUGAAUUUACAUAUUCAUCAAUAAAAGGAACUUUUGCUAUUAACAAGUCAAAAUAAAAUCAGUUUGUAUCAAUUAUAUUCUAAAAAAUAAAUAUCCUAAACUUCAACUAUCAAAAACAAUCAGAAUUCAAUUGUAGAUAAAGACUUUAACUUUGUAUUAUUAUUCGUAAGUGACACUAUAACAUAAUUGCAUUUAUAUUCAAUAUCAGAACUACUGUUGAUUAAAGUAUUCCAACCUACUUCUAGUAUAACUACUCUUAGUACUCAAUUAGACUUUGGAUGCAUGAAUAGUAAUUUAAUAGCUGCUGCGAAUAGUUCAGGGUAGUUGUUAGUUUGGCACAUUCAGAAAUCAAGUUAACCUAUUGAAAUAUUUUAAGUAUCAGAAUAAUAAAAAGAGAUAUCCUGUUUCAAGUUUCAUCCGACCUAAAACUAACUAUAUGUUUAUUAGCAAAAGGAUGUGAAAAGGCAAUCCUCUUAAUAACAGUAAGUUUCUGAAGACAUUAGGGCUUAAUUCCUUUAAUAAAGGCAUUAAUUCCAAAGACAUCCAUGGGGGAUGCAAUAAAUUUUAAAUUUUUUAUAGAGAAUUGCUAGGUAAGAGUAAAUGAGUAGCAAUUAAUCAUCAAUGUAAGAGGAAGACAAGGGUAGUAGUGAUGAGGAUCUGUGA